AUGAAGAUUCCAAAAAAGAAUGGUCAAAAAAAGAAGGUCUCUCUUGAAUUAGAAAUAAGACAAGAAAAAAAUGAGAACAAAGAUAACAUGCUCUCUAAUAAUUUGCUGGAUGAAUUCCAAGAAAAAAGGUUGAAAUCUCUUCUUGAAAACUUAGUCAAUCGUGGUGAAAAGCUUAAAAGCUCAGUUG